GAGCCCCAAUGCAAGGGAGACCGGCGCUCGACGAGCGUCCCUCCCCUGCUCCGGAAGGACUUGCCCGCCUGGCCUCGGAAGUGGUCCUGGACAGAGUCCGGCCCCGAGCGAGGCCUGGUUGCCGCUCUUGGGAACGGAGCUCCGGGGAGACCACGAUCAGGCGGGCAAGGACCGGGGGCUGCCGUCUCCAGCCACCCGCAGGCGCUUGGGCCUCAUGAAGAAACAAUUACAUGGUCUUCUGAAAAAGUCAUGGGUAGCUGUUGUAGCUGUCCAGAUAAAGAAAAUGUCCCAGAUAACCAUCGAAACAAAUUCAAGGUUAUUAAUGUGGAUGAUGAUGGUAAUGAAUUGGGUUCUGGUAUAAUGGAACUUACUGACACAGAGCUAAUCUUGUAUACCCGUAAACGAGAUUCUGUCAAGUGGCAUUACCUUUGUCUGCGCCGCUAUGGUUAUGAUUCCAACCUAUUCUCUUUUGAAAGUGGUCGAAGAUGUCAAACUGGACCAGGAAUAUUUGCAUUCAAGUGUGCCCGUGCUGAAGAGUUAUUUAAUAUGUUGCAAGAGAUCAUGCAGAAUAACAGCAUAAAUGUGGUAGAAGAACCGGUAGUAGAAAGGAACCAACAUCAAACAGAGAUGGAAGUUCCACGAACUCCUCGAACACCCACCACACCUGGGUCAAUUGGUCAGAGUUUACCUAAUGGGUAUCCAAGAUAUCCCUCCUAUGGAGAUGCUUCAUCCCAUUCCUCCAGCAGACACCCCUCUGUGGGAAGUGCACGUCUUCCUUCAGUAGGUGAAGAGUCAACACAUCCUCUGCUUGUAGCAGAGGAGCAGGUCCAUACAUAUGUGAAUACCACUGGUGUACAGGAGGAAAGAAAAAACAGGCCAAGUCUGCGUACACCUCUGGAACGAAGGGUUUCUAAUGCAGAAUCAAGCAGGGCAAAGGAAGAAGAAACUUGUUCUGAGGACAGAGAGGCCCAAGUUGUACUGGAACCUGAAGGAGUCAAAUUUAUUUUGGGCCCAACACCUGUCCAGAGACAAUUAAUGGAAAAAGAAAAACUGGAAUCAUGUGGGAACAGUACCCAAGCUAGUGGGAACAGUACUGAAACUAGUGUAAGCAGCACUCAAGCUAGUGGGAGUAGUAACAGCGAAUGGGACACUGGUUAUGACAGUGACGAACGCAAAGAAGCCUCUUCUGGAAUCAAACUACCAUAUGAAAAUGUAAAUAGAUUGUCUAUCCCAAGUGCUCCAGGGCUUAGGAGAGGUCGUCUGAUAUCAUCCAGUACCUCUGAUACCCAGAAUAUUAACAAUUCAGCUCAAAGAAGAACUGCAUUGCUAAAUUAUGAAAAUCUGCCAUCUUUGCCUCCAGUUUGGGAAGCUCACAAGCUAAGUAAAGAGGAUGAUGACUGUUUAGGACCAAAGACCCCUUCCCUGAAUGGCUACCACAAUAACUUAGAUCCCAUGCACAAUUAUGUCAAUACAGAGAACGUAACAGUGCCAUCAAGUGCUCACAAAGUAGAAUAUGCAAGACGGCGGGACUGUACCCCUACAGUCUUUAAUUUUGAUAUUAGGCGACCGAGUUCAGAACACAGGCAGCUCAACUAUAUACAGGUUGAUCUGGAAGGUGGCAGUGACUCUGAUAACCCUCAGACCCCCAAAACUCCUACCACUCCUCUUCCACAGACUCCAACUAGGCGCACAGAGCUGUAUGCUGUGAUAGACAUUGAAAGAACAGCUGCUAUGUCAAGCUUGCAGAAAGCACUGCCACGAGACGAUGGUACUUCUCGGAAAACUAGACAUAACAGUACUGACUUGCCUAUGUGAGCCUGGAAACCGUUAGUUAAAUUGUUUGCACCUUUGUGAAGUUUUUUUUAAAUAACUGAGUGCUCCAUUUUGAUUUUUAAAUAUCACCUUUCAUAGAUUCAGUAGAUUUUUUUCUGAAUAUUUCAUGUGCUUGUUUAACAAAAGGGAAUUUAAGGUAGAGUAUUAAAUAACACUGCUUCGUUUUACAUUUGUAGUAACAGCUUUUGGACAGCAUUGCCAUCUUUUAUAGUGCCUAUUUUAUUAACUGAAAGAUGGAAUAACAUGCCAGUUUUUACAAACCAGCCAUACGCCUGAAGAACCUAUGGGCAUGACUUCUUAUGCCUCCUGAAACUUCCAUUAUUAGCAGAUCACUAUAGUCUUUCAUAGUGUAUCCAUAGACUCAUAUCUUCCAGUUGCAUGCCCUGUGGCAUAAAUGAGAAAUUCUCUGGUCUUUAGUUUUAAUUGAAUCAAAAAGGUACAAAUUUCUCUCGCCAGAAGACUUGGACUGAAUUACUCUGGCAGAAACCAGAAUUUCACAUGACAGGAAAGAACUGACAGCAACUGUCAUUCUCUAAAGCCCUCCAGAUAACUUGUCACAGUCCUGAAGAGUGCAACUCUUUAUAAAGCCAAGUAGUAACUUUAAAAAAAUAGUAGUGUAUAUGGUGCCAUAUCUCAGAGUGGCUGGCUUGAGAGGGAGACAAACUGAUGAAAUCAACAUUUUAAGCAUACAAGGAUCAUUUAGCACAGUUUGAACACUUCAUGAAUUAAUGACCAGAUGCACUUUAAAACCACCAACAAUAAAUGAAGCAACUAGUAUUUGGGGGACACGUUCUGUUGUAGUUUGCAUUUUAGAAAUAGUCUGUACUGCUGCUUUUUUUCUUUGUCUCUAUAAGAUUGAAAUGAACAGUGGUCAGUGUAAAGCAGGUAUCCCAUUUAGAGAAAAACUGGAUGUAUCUGGAUAAAUUCUACUUUUUGGCAAGUUGGCAUGGCUGGCAGAAAAAGAGUUUGUACAGUGCUGAAAGGAAGUUAUUUGGCCAGAAUCCAAAGGCCCACGUUCAAUGUUCUGCAUGUGCUGUGUGUGUUCUCUGUUUUCCACCCCUUUCUUCCCCUUAAAGUUACUCCUGAAGAUCAGGGUAACCUCUCAGAGUAGCCCAGCUUGUAGCGCUCAUGAUGCUGUAACCUGGCUUGAUACUAAGAAUCUGCUCAAGGGCAUGGGUGGGAGAUCUUUGGAAUUCUGUGUACACUUCCUUGAGUACUAUAAUGGAAGAAUGAUGGGACAUAAAUGUAAUCAUCAAAAUAAAUAAUAAUUCCUUGCAACUGGAAGGAAAAAACAAACAAUCCCUCGCUCCACUCCCACUUGUGCAUAAGGGGAAAAGAAAUCUGCUCAUGCCUUGCUCUCAGCCCAUGUGCUUCUGUUUGACUUGUUUUUGACCAUCUUGAGAUAAGAGCUUGUCAUUGUUGGCAUGUGAGACAUCACAACAGGAUUCCCUUUCAUCAGAAUUUGAAACCAGCCUUGUGAGGCCCACUGCAGAUUUUCAAGUAGCAACUUCAAGUUUUUCUGUACAGUUGUUCAGAUAUUAAGACAUUUGUGAUGUAGUUCACAAUUAUGUUGUAUCUAUAGUGAGAUUUUACUUUUCCUCACUUUUUGUUUGUUUGUCUGUACAGUGUUUAGAUUGAAAUUAUUAAUUUGUAUAUAGCCUUUGUUCAGAAUAUUUUAUGCGUUUCAUCUUGUUCAAUUUCCACAUUGCUUUGGAAAAGCUUUUUGAGGGCUUGUUGGUAAUGUUGCGAACAGGAAGACCUUUUUUAUUGCCUGCACAAAGAAAGACUAAUUAUCAGUAGCUGAGGUUAAACAGGGCUGUAGCACCUUAGAAAAUGGCUGGUAUAAGCUUUCAUGCCUUAGUUUGUUCCAGAGGCAAAUAAUUACAGAUCAGUGACAUAGUUUUAAGGCUGGAGUUGAACACAUCAUGUGGUGCACUGACAUGCAUUUUAUAAAUAAUAGUUCUGUUGUAUUUUGUGGGAUAGAGAUCCUGGUCCUCUUCCACCCGCAUUGGCACAUCUGACCAAGAUGCCAGUAAAAAUUUCUUGUAGUGUUGCCCUAAUGUCCUUUCUGAAGUUGGGCUGCUAGCAGUAUGUUCUAUCAUAAGAAACCUUCUUGUUGACACAGCAAGCCUCUAACACUACAUAGAAUCCCUAAAAAUAAUAUUUUUGUCAAUGGCUUAUACCUUGACUACUGCUGAAUAUUCACAAUAUACCUAGCAUCUUCUGAUCUUCCCUGGUGCUCUGUUCAAGAAUCCCUCAGUUUUAUGUUGAAGCAUGUAGGGCUGCUGGUGCAGCAUAAGAUUCCAUACAACAAAGCCAACCUGAACUUUCAAUUGUAAAGGGAGUAAUAAGUAUUGUAGAUUAUUGUGGCCCUGACCUGGAUAGCUCAGGCUAGUUCAGUCUGGAAAAGGAAGUCCAUGGUUGCUACACAGAGGCAGGUAAUAGCAAAUCACCAUAAACUUCUCUUGCUUUGCAAACAACCAUGGGUUGCCAUAAGUUGGCUGUGACUUGAUUGCAAUAAAUAAAUAAGAAAUAUUGUGAGAUACAUACCCUUGAGUACUGGAUAAAACUGUAUGCAACAGAUCCCUACCACCAUGACUAUUUUUAAGCUGUCUUCCUGCAGGAAUUGAGCAAAAACAAAAUUGGAGAGCCUCCUAGAAAAGCUGCUUUUCUAUUUCGUUUGUAAACUUCUGGCCUUUGUUUCCAUAACAAGUGACAAACCUGCAUUCUGCUUGAACUAUCUUCCUGAUCAUAUUAUAUGGAAUAUGUUCCGAUAUAUUGUCAACUAUAAUCUUUUGCAAAUAGAAAUGAUAAAAGGAAUAGUCCACUACCAAAUAUUGACAGAACAUUAAAACCCUAUCUUUCCCAUCCAUCUGUGGGGAAAGUUGUAACAAAAACUCUGAUUUUGACCAAGAAUGCAAGGGACUGCUGACAUUCAAACCAGCAGCAAAGAAAAUGGAGAACCAGUGUGGUUCAGUGGUGAAUUCUAAUCUGGAGAACCAGGUUUGAUUCCCAGCUGCUCCACAUGAGUGGUGGACUCUUAUCUGGUGAGCUGGGUUUGUUUUCAUGCUCCUCCAC